AUGAAUAGCACUUCAGAUGUGCUGGACAUGACUGCGACUGUUUCCACGUUGCCUCCCCUUACAUCAACGACCAACGUGCCAUCGACGACCAGCGUGCCAUCGACGACCAGCGUGCCAUCGACGACCAGCGUGCCAUCGACGACAGUAGGUACUCCAGCCUCUGAACGACGGGCACAUUACAUCCAGUCUCGGCUCGAGAGGAAUCGUCGAGAGAAAGAUGUCGUCCGUAACAAACUGAAGCAGAUAAAGAAGGAGCUUGGUGACAGCCGUGAUCGUGAAUCCAGACUGCGCCAAACUCUGAUGUGGGAAGAGCAAACCCUUCUAGCAGAGAAAAAGAGUCUUGAUGAGAUCGAGAAGAAAAUCAGGCAAGCUCAAGCUGAGUUCACGUCCAAGGAAAAGGACUUCCUUCACAUGGGCAGGUCUGUCCGCCAGUUGAAAAAAGAGAUCACCAUGGUAGAAGCAUCUAUCCGUGGUCGCAAGACCGAAGUUGCGCAUUUGGAGAAGGAGCUGGAAAGUGAUUUUGAAAAUCAAACCGCCGAAGUCGCUCGUCAAGCUGAAAUACUUGACAUGAGUCCUUCAGAGAUCGAAGAUAUUGCAAUCCAUGCAAUAAGCAACCACGCCUUUGAACAAAAAAUCGUUAGGGCGGCUGAAGACACGGCAACCCCAACCAUGAUCAGGGACAUUCAAAGCGAGAUGUAUCAAAGAAUCACAGGCAUCACUCCAGAUGAGUUCCAAGAACUGAUGCAGCGCAUCCUGUCCUCUAAGGAAGCAUUGAUCUGCGAGCAAAUUGUCGACGGAGUGGAUGAAAGCGAAGGCAAUUCUCGAAAGCACGAGAGCGACUGCGACAAGAUCGGAAACUUCAAAGAAGAUUACGAGCGUGGGCCCAAUGUGGUUCUUGACAGCGACAGCGAAGACAAUAUCAUCAGACCUGGCCGGCGCGUAAGCGGGUCACCGAACGUGGGGUCUCGCGGUAAAAGAUCGACACCGAGUGACACUGAUACUGAGUCUCGAUCUGAGGAGCCGUCCGGGUGGUACAGGAAGAUAGGAACAUUGCGUCGCCGUACACUAUCUCGUUAUGCGAGACCCAAAUCAGGAAUUAGCCUGUCGUGGAAUUAA